CGUACGUUAGCAUUUUUCCGGGGUUGUAUAUUUAAAGUUUUGUUUUACACUCGCCGCAUUAAUCCCCUUUUGGUUUUUCUGACUUUCUCCUUCCGUUUCGGACAAUUAAAAUUUCUUUAGUUUCUAUAAGUAUUUUUGGACAAAGGUGAACGGCACCGUCCACCGUCGUUUCCUAUUUAUCAACUCUCCAGUUCAACUCCCACUUGUUUGCCAGAUCUCUCUCUCUCUCUCUCUCUGUGUUAACCGGAGGAAAAAAACGCUACCCAUUCUUUCCUAACUCCGAGAACCACCGGAAACAAUGCUUCAAUUCCGAUCUUGAAAUGCGAUAGCUUCAGCCUCGAGAGUGGAGACUGGGUUUUCUAUAGAUUUUGUUUGGGGGUUAGGAAUUACAAGAAAAAAGUGCAAUAGGAAAAAAUCAUGGGUGUCUGCACCUCCAAGCCUGUUCCGGAGCGAACUAUUGAUGAUUUCAGCAAUGGUAGCAAUUCGAAACAGAAUCCAAGCGGCCCCAGCCAGGUGAAGGAUAGAGAUGUUGUGAGCUCCGGGAAUCAGCAAGAAGCCAAGAAAUCAGAUGUCGAAGCUGGUAAGAAGUCUCCCUUUUUCCCCUUUUACAGCCCAAGUCCGGCGCAUUACCUGUUCUCCAAGAAGUCUCCGGCGAGAUCUUCCGGCAAUUCGACGCCUAUGAAGUUUUUCAAGCGGCCGUUCCCUCCGCCGUCUCCGGCGAAGCACAUUAAGGCUGUGCUGCGGAGGAGGCAGGGCGCGGUGAAGCCUAAUGAAGCUUCAAUACCGGAGGGAAAUGAAUCGGAGGUUGUGACGUCGUUGGAUAAGAGCUUUGGGUUUUCAAAGCAUUUUGUUAGUAAGUAUGAGCUGGGGGAGGAGGUUGGAAGAGGUCAUUUUGGGUAUACUUGUAAAGCUAAAUUCAAGAAAGGAGAGCUCAAGGGACAAGAAGUUGCUGUUAAAGUCAUUCCCAAAGCCAAGAUGACCACUGCCAUAGCCAUUGAAGAUGUAAGAAGGGAAGUAAAGAUUUUGAGAGCUUUGACAGGGCAUAGCAAUCUCGUACAGUUUUAUGAUGCCUAUGAAGAUAAUGAGAACGUUUUCAUUGUCAUGGAGCUAUGUGAAGGAGGGGAACUUCUGGAUAGAAUACUUUCAAGGGGCGGGAAAUACACUGAAGAAGAUGCCAAGGCUGUCAUGACCCAGAUAUUGAAUGUUGUUGCUUUUUGUCAUCUUCAGGGUGUUGUACACCGGGAUCUUAAACCAGAGAACUUCUUGUUCACUUCCAAGGAUGAAAAUUCAGAACUGAAAGCAAUAGAUUUUGGAUUGUCAGAUUUUGUGAAGCCAGAUGAAAGGCUGAAUGACAUCGUUGGCAGUGCAUAUUAUGUUGCUCCUGAAGUUCUACAUAGGUCAUAUGGCACAGAGGCUGAUGUGUGGAGUAUUGGCGUUAUUGCUUACAUACUUCUGUGUGGCAGCCGUCCCUUCUGGGCUCGAACUGAAUCAGGAAUCUUUAGGACGGUUUUAAAAGCCGAUCCAAGUUUCGACGAACAGCCUUGGCCUACCCUAUCUUUGGAGGCAAAAGAAUUUGUGAAACGUCUGUUAAAUAAGGAUCCACGUAAAAGAAUGACUGCAGCUCAAGCUUUGAGUCAUCCAUGGAUUAAAAAUGGCAACAAUGUAAAGGUUCCCCUUGAUAUACUAAUUUUCAAACUCAUGAAAGCUUAUAUGCGGUCAUCUGCACUUCGUAAAGCCGCCUUGCGGGCCUUAUCUAAGACACUAACUGUUGAUGAAUUAUAUUAUUUGAAAGAGCAAUUUGCUUUGCUAGAACCAAGCAAAAAUGGCACCAUAAGUUUGGAGAACAUUAAAGCGGUGUUGAUGAAAAAUGCAACAGAAGCAAUGAAGGAAUCUCGUGUCCAUGAUUUUCUUGGAUCGGUAUGUAUCUCAGUCCAAAGAGAGGAAUUUUUUAUUGUUUGUAACGUGCUGUUGUGCAACUGAUUAUAAUUUCUUUCUUCAGCUUAAUGCACUUCAAUAUAGAAGGAUGGAUUUUGAGGAAUUCUGUGCUGCUGUGUUAAGCGUCCAUCAGCUCGAAGCUCUCGAUCGAUGGGAGCAACAUGCUCGUUGUGCAUAUGAACUCUUUGAAAAGGAUGGCAACAGGGCCAUUAUGAUUGAGGAGUUGGCUUCGGUAAUUUCCUCGUGUCCUAUUUGUAUAAUAUGCACAUCGGAUUACUUUCUGUGUUUGUGUUUUGUUGUUACUUAGAGAGAGAAAAUUUCUUAUUAUUCCAAGUAUAACAAGCUGGGCUGGUCUCUGUUUCAGGAACUUGGCCUGAGCCCUUCAGUUCCUGUCCAUGCUGUUCUCCAUGAUUGGAUCAGACACACUGAUGGGAAACUAAGUUUCCUUGGAUUUGUAAAGUUGUUGCAUGGUGUGUCGAGCCGCUCACUUCCUAAAGCUCAGUGAUAGUAAAUUAUAGUUAACCAAAUGCAGCUAAUGACCUCAUAGUCGGUAAUCUGUUGGCCAAAUGAAAGAGCGGAGAAGCUUGUGAUUAUAGUGUAAUCACACACCAUACAUAUAGGUUUGGAACAAGAUUGGAUAAUGUGAUUGGUAUUGAUGAAGUCCAUUCUUGAAAAUUUUUUCGGAGGAUCAGAAUUGUAAUUACGUUGUUGUUGUAGAAAAUAUGACUCCUGGGCGUCCUGGCGAUUAGUUUUCCCACUGUAAAGUUGUACGUAGCUGACCUGAAUCUCAAUAUUCUUCUAUAAGUGAGGAUUCUUCUGAGCUCGUUUGGGAAUGCAAAACCUCAUGUGUUUAACCUAAUAAUAGAUUAGAGUCACUGACAUCUUUGAUUUGCCUUGUAUUCUUCUUUCUUUCUAAUGUCAAAGUGAUUGAUGGGUUCUCUCUGGCUCAUCUUUUUUCACCUCACUCCAGUCUGUAAUUUUCCUCUCAACUUCAAGAUUCUACUACAACAUUCUUUUCUCAGCUAAGAUUAAAAAUAACUUCAG